AUGAAGGACGCUCCACUCCAAGGCGAUGAUGCCCGGUUGGCCGCCAUGGGCCAUCGGCCAGAACUCCAACGUAGUCAUUCGACAUGGUCAAUGCUUGGUUUGGCCUUUGCGGUUCUUAAUUCGUGGACUGCGCUUUCGGCCAGUUUGUCGAUCAGUCUUACAUCUGGUGGAAGCACAAGUGACUGGUCACUGCAGGAUUCUGUAAUCUUUGUAUCGCAUGUUCGCUGGCUGAAUUUCUCUCAGCAUAUCCGACAGCCGGUGGACAGUAUCAUUGGGUUGCAGGUCACAGGUCAUACUGACGAAUCGAAAGUCGCGUGGCCAAGUACAGUACCAAUUUUAUCAUGGAUUACUGGCUGGAUCAAUGUGGCAGGCUGGGUUGCCCUCGUAGCCACGAACUCCCUUCUUUCUAGCCAGCUUAUUGUUGGCAUCAUUUCCGUUCUUCACGAGAGCUAUGUCCCGCAACGCUGGCAUCAAUUUCUCAUAUACAUUGGAUUGACCAUUGGCUCCUUCACCAUCAAUGCUUUCAUGAACUCCAUUUUGCCGGUCAUUUACCGCGGUGCUUUUAUGUGGUCGAUUGGGGGUUUUGUGAUUGUGUCAAUUACGUGUCUCGCAUGCGCUGCUCCCAACUAUAACUCCGCUUACUCCGUGUUCUGUGACUUUGUCAAUACAACAGGCUGGCCCGAUGGAGUUGCAUGGCUUCUAGGUUUGCUUCAAGGCGGGCUUGGCGUUACUGCCUUCGAUGCGGUGGCACACAUGAUCGAAGAGGUGCCCAACGCUGACAUCGAGGGUCCGAAAAUUAUGGUUACCUGCGUGGGCAUUGGUGUGUUCACCGGUUCUAUCUUCUUGAUAGUCCUCCUCUUCGUCGCAGGAAACAUGGAAACAGUGACAACCUCCGCAGCCGGUCCACUUCUACAAAUCCUGGUCGAUGCGACUAAAAGCAACGUGGGAGGUAUCUGCCUUUUGAUGUUACCCCUGGUCUGCUUGGUCUUUGCUAUAAUCAGCGUCAUGACCACUAGUAGCCGAAUGAUCUUUGCUUUUGCAAGAGAUGGGGGUCUUCCUGCCUCUCGGUUCUUUGCAAAAGUCCACCCAACACUCAAAUUGCCCCUCAAUGCACUUAUUCUUACUGUUGUUGUCGUGAUCGCGUUCGGAUGUAUCUUCCUGGGAUCUUCAAGUGCUUUCAACGCAAUUAUCUCUGCCUCCGUUGUGGCUCUUGAUCUGUCCUAUGGAAUACCCAUUGCCAUCAACUGUCUCCAGGGACGCAGAUCGCUCCCCGAAAGGAAAUGGAAAUUGCCCACUACACUUGGGUGGUUUGUCGAUCUGGUUGCUUUGUCAUAUAUCGCCUUGACUACCGUCCUAUUCGUCUUCCCUCCCUCAAGCACGGUCACGGGAAGCAGUAUGAAUUACUGCAUUGCAGCAUUUGCCGUUAUUAUCAUCAUCUCCGUGUUCCAGUGGUUUGUUGACGGGAGAAAGAAUUUCACCGGUCCUCGUGUUGACAUCUCUAUCGACGCACUGGAUACCGUGCCUACGAGAGAGGAGCUCGAGUCUAGCAUGCAUGAAAAGGAGCUUGCCGGUCGAGGCUAG